AGCUUCUUGGUCUCUAUGAAGAACAAAACUACCCCAUGUGGCACAUUUAAAUGCACUACAAACAGUAAACAGAGGAAGGCGGAUGUCUGGGAUGUGACCAGAGCCCGUUAUUUUGGACGGACAGGCCCGAAUCCGUCCGGUGGGUUCCUGGUUUUUUUUCCAGAACCAGGGGGGGAAAGAAGCAGGUCACUGAUUGAUUUUGUUUCUCCAAGAUUGCACAUCAAUCCCUGGGGUACCGACACGUCGGACAUCUGGGUUGUCGCUAUGCGUUCUUCCACUACAUACGCUGCAGUCCUCUGUCUCCUUGCCGGGGCAGUGACAGCCAUUCAGACCCACCAGACAGUAUUUCUGGAGAAGCAGCAGGCCACCUCGCUGAUCUCCCGUCAGAAGAGAAAUGCUGGAGCCUCCACCUUGGAGCAGGCUUGCAUGGAGAGGGUGUGCACCUAUGAGGAAGCCAGGAAGUAUUUCCAGGACUCGUAUCGCACGGACAUUUUCUGGUCUGUCUACAUCGAUGGAGACCAGUGUGCUGAAAACCCCUGCAAGAAUGGAGCCAUGUGCUCCGACAGUGUUGGAGGCUAUGACUGCGUCUGCAAAUCGGGUUUCACGGGAGUCCACUGUGAAAAAGAUGAGACUCUUUGCACACUGGAAAAGGACAAGGGCUGCUCACAGUUUUGCAAACCAGGCUACACGUCCUACGAGUGUUCCUGUGCCCGAGGCUGGAGGGUCAAAGACAAGGUCAAGUGUGAAGCUGCAGUCAGACACCCGUGUGGUCAGGUGAACAGUCUGUCUCAGUGGAAGGACAGACAGUCACGUCUUUCUACCAGUAACUUUGAUGGAAUUCAUUGUACGCCAUCCGAGUGUCCUUGGCAGGCUCUCUUGAAAAGUUCAGAGUCAGAUGGCUUCUGUAGUGGAGUAAUUCUGAAGGAGGACCUCGUCUUGACUUCAGCUCAGUGCGCCAACAAAUACACCUCCUUCAAGGUUGCAGUUGGAAAGCGCAGCAGCAGCAACUUUGAAGACGGAGAGCAGACGCUGUAUGUGAAGCUAAUUCACGUCCAUCCUCGUUACGUCAGAGACCGUCCUGAAAAUGACCUGGCUGUGAUCGAGCUCCGCGACCGCAUAACCUUUAAGCCAGAUGUYGUCGCGGCCUGUCUGCCAGAGAAAGACUUCGCAGAGAGCAUUUUAAUGUCUGGAGAUUUGCCGGCUGUUGUCACCGGCUGGAAGGAAUCCACACAGGACCGGCUCACUAUAAACCAGCUGGUGUACAAUAAGCUGCCUCAGUGCAUGGAAACGUACCCCAACCUGAUGACCAAUAAAAUGGGCUGCACCGCUGCCCGGGCCAAUGCCGACUGCGCCAUGAGCUCGGGCAGCCCCUUGCUCACAAUGUACAGGGAUGUGUUGUUUCUCACGGGGGUGGUGAGUCAGCCAGAAGGGGCUGACUGCACCAAAGGCUACAUCUUCCAAAAAGUGUCCCGCCACCUCAGCUGGCUGCAGACGUUGAUGGGUUCACGUUAGAAAGGUGAAGCGAGGGAACACAUCAAGCUUCAUUAUGAAUUUAGCUUAAUGCAGGUAAAUAAUUACUUAAACAGGGAAUCUGUUCUAUAUAUAUUUUUUUGUUUUAUGCUCAGUCAUAAGCUUUUCUGCGUGUGUCUUUUUAAAAUAUCCAUAACAUAAGAAACACUGGAGUUUGUUGGAUUUUCUUCCUCUGUGUWCUUCAUCUUUUAUCCACAAGRUGGCUCUCUGUUGACGUAGUAAAGAGGUUUCCUCUUGCAUGUGUUAACUACUCAGGUUGUACGACCUGUAAAUUAUUCAGCAUGUUUGUGAUGUGAACAUACCUUCCAAUUCCUUUGAAGUUAUGUUAUUUCAGCAACAAUGUAAUGGUUGACUUGCACCUUAAAGGCGUCCUGGUAAACACAGUUUCAUGAAUGUAAUAAACCAUAAAACCAAGAUA